AUGUCUAUGCGUUUCGGUCUUGUUCCUACCAUUGUUGCUUCAUCUCCUUAUGCUGCACAACAAUUCUUGAAGAACCAUGAUCUUGUUUUUGCUAGUAGAACAUAUAGUAAGCAUCGCGGUGUUGUGGUUGAUCUUACUGAUAAAAUAUCAUCUCUUAGUGCAAACAUGUCUUGUUUGAUGAUAUUUGGGAAGAAAUACAUGGAUGAGGAUCUUGGUUUAAAUGAAUUGGUUAAAGAAACGAUGUUUAUAGCAGCAAGGCCAAACCUUGGUGAUUAUAUUCCCUUUCUUGGUGUGUUUGAUCUCCAAGGAUUGUCUCGUCGUAUGAAGGAAUUAUCUAAGCCUUUCGAUGAGUUUCUGGAGAGAGUUAUCAACGAGCACCUUCAUAAAGUCAAUGAACAAAAUCAAGCUAAGGAUAUUGUUGAUAAACUUAUGGGCAUUAUGAACUCUAAUGAAGCUGUAUUCGAGUUUAAUCAUCAUCAUGUCAAAGCCAUUUUGCUGGACUUGUUGGUGGCAUCAACGGAUACUUCAUCAACAACAGUUGAAUGGAUUUUAUCAGAAGUUCUAAGGCACCCUGAUGUAAUGAAAAAACAUCAAAACGAUAUAGAACGAGUAGUCGGGAGAAACAGGAUGGUGGAAGAUAUGGAUUAA